GGUGAUUUUCGUAAAUGACUUAUCACAAACGACGUUUUCUGUACCGUAGGACCCGACAACGAGUUAAGCUCUCCGUUCUAUUUCAGUCGUCGUUUGCAAAACUUUUUGACAAAGCACUUAGGACUACCCUACAAAUUUAGUAUCCAGAAUGAAGCUCGUUUCAAUUUUGAUUGCAUCCUUGGUCGCAGCCGCCUCUGCUGCCAACGAGAGCAAAGAAUGCGAAGGUGAGCGGCUACAUUCCGAUAGGCGAGAACAAGCUGUUAGUGUCGUCCGAGACGGGGUCAUCUGUGUAAUGCAUUCCGAAUUCCAUUUGGGCUCAACCAUGUUUUGUAUUUUCUUGCUUCCCAAACCAUGCGGUCCGUGUUUUUUUUUCUUGAUGACGGUGCUUCUUUUCAGUGUGCGUGAAGGUGAUGGAUGACAUCCGAGCGACUAUGUCGAAGGCCGAUUCCAGAAAGAAGCCGAUGAUUGAGGGUGCCAUGGCAAAGUAUUGCGCAAACGAGGACGAAAAGCUAUCCGCGAGGGAGCGAAAAAUCUGUUACUACAUCGACCCUAUCCGACGCGAUGUAGCGCAGCCAUUUUCCCUGGGAAUGUCCUCGCUCAAGGUAUGCCAGCGAAUCACAAAGACAAACCCCGAAAUUUGCACCGUCAAAUUCCCCGUCAAAACCGAUAAAAUGGAAAAGAAGGACCUUUCGAAGUUGCGAGUGAAACAACUUAAGAAAAUCCUGGAUGAGAGAGGAGUAGAUUACUCAGGUCUCCUCGAAAAGGAAGAAUUUAUCAAAAAGAUCCAAUCCACCGAGCACUUGGCUGGAGACGAAUUUUAAGGAAGAGUCAAGUUCUAGCAGGAAUGAAUCAUAGCAUAUUCUCUCUAUUGCAGUUAAUCGACUGUUUUUUCACCGAGAUUCGGCGGUGUAACCGUCAUGGACAGGCUAGUUCGGAUGUGCUACUUUGUGGUUUCCUACCGUUUUCGUUUAGUUUUAUUCUUGCCGCGUCGUCUACUUGUCGAGGAACCACCUCUCCUUCUUUUAAAGCUUUCCGGAUCGAGGAAAGUCGGUGAUUGAGGCGUUUCGGGUGGGCUUGGUGUCAUCUUAACUCCUAGGUUUGCAGCUUUCAUGUCUGCCUCGGAUCCCUGUGCCAUGAAUUUCUCCUUCUCCGUUGUUAGCUUAUGGGAUGCAACUUCCUUUACUCGUUCUUCCCGUAGUUCGUCCAUCAUCCGAUCUUCCAAUUCACUCAUCGGAGCCGAAAUUCCGUGCAUGUAUUGCCCUCCCCAAGCCGCCGACGCCUGCUGCAUCGAGAGCUUGGGCACUUUGGACACUUCAGCCGGUGCCUCGUCGUCGAGUACCGGAGGCGGUAAAUCACUCCCACGAAUAGUGCUCGGCCGGUUGGUUCCAGGAAACGAGGUCUCGAAUCCCACCGCCAGGACGUUGCGUCCGAGCACCGGGCCGUCCCCGCGGAUCUCCCUUGCCUUUUGCUCCAGCUUUUUGAAUUCCAUGAAUUCUUUCGCGAACUUGGGUUCGGUAGGCGGGUUCCCCAUCGCCGGCAGGUUUACCCACCCACGCAUCGUGUCGUUGCGGAGCGCGGCGCCCUGAAACAGGGUCCACGUAAAGGACGAUACUAGAUAUAUCUGCAGGCCGGCCGGGGACUGGGCCGAGAAACAAGGCAUGAAGACCGCAAGCGUCUGGAAGAGAUCUUUCAGCAACCCGGCAAAAUCGGACUUGCUCGCAGAGGGUCCACUGAGGCUUCUCUUCCCGAUUGCCACCUCGACGUUGAAAUAAAGCAUGGCCCCGGCCGCAAUGGGAAGACCGAACCAUGGGUCAGGAUCGGUCAGAUCGGGGACCCACAGAAAGCUGCUCUCCGUUAAUUCCUGGGCGAGCUCCGGAUCGGAUCCGUUUACAAUCUUUCUCAGAUCUGUUGCCACGUAGUAAAAGAAGGGGAUCUGGAGGAACGGGCUCAAAAAGACCGUAAGGGGAUUGAUGUUGUGGAGCUUGUAUAUGCUGCGAACCGUUUCCAGGUUUUGCAAAAACAGAUUCCUCUGCUCGAACAACGACUUGCCCUCGGCUUUCAUCUUUUUCAGAUCAUUCUGAAAGAGCGUCACGAUGAACUGGAUUUCGGGAGCCACCUUGGCGUAUCGGGCCGCGGUGUGCGCGCCGUAGACCACGAGGGGCAGGAGGGACGCCCGGAGCAUAAAGUUCAUGGCCGAGAACGAGGUCCAGUACGGGAGUCCCGCGGUGUGGAGCGACUUGAGCACGACGCCCGUUCCUCCCCAGACCGAGAAAUCUUGGACAAACUCCGGGGCCCACGAGGCUAUCGACCGGGCCUGGAUCGAAUGGUUUGGGCGAGGAAAAUGCAGAGUGGUUGGUCCGUUCCUUCCAGUAUGCAACGGAGCAUGUUCCCUCUUGUUUCCCACAAAGGAAAAACCGGAGUGGAUCGGAACACGAGAAGAAUCCUGUAGACGCCGUCGAUUGUGUCGAUCAUCGAUUUGGUUUGUCAGUUGUGCAGCGAUGUGUCGAAACAGUCUCAGUUUGCUUUGCCGUUGCCUGGUAUUGCUAAAGACCAGAGCUCCCCUUCCCACUUGGUACUUCAUGGCAUACGUUACUCUCUAUCGACUUUGGAUUGCAUUACCCUCGUCGAUUUUGGAGACGAAACCGAAAGUUUCGCGACAAAUAUCAUUUGUGAGGAAGAGCCUCCCGCAGUUGAUUUAUUGAUUUACUACGGUACAAGUUACUCGUACCGUCAACGACAGGUAAAUUCUUCAGUCGUCGUACCUUACUCAUCAUCACACGCAAGAAAAAAGCGCUUCGAAA